AUGAACAAUAGUCAAAGAGGUGUAGAAAAUAGACCAAAUUCAUAGCAAAAUUCUUAAGAUAUUUCUUAGUAGGAAAUUCAAAUCAAUCAGAUUUCACAAAACAAUAAUAAUACUUUGAACCAACUUAUUCAAGUUCUCAAUAACUAAACAAACCUUCCUAUUGAUUAAUUCAAAAUAGUAGUUGAUUCUGUUGUAAUUGAUAAGUAAUUUUUGCUUUUAACAUUAAACCCAAAAGGAAAGUACUUUUAAACUUUGAGAAAACUCAUAUUAUUAAUAGUUGGAUUCUUAACCCUUCAGUUUUAUUAACUUCUAUAUCUCUUCACAUAGGAUUAAAUUAUUUAAGGUCAUGAUGAUAAUCAUUCAAAAUUAAUGUAUUGAUAUUUGAAAUUUAGUUUACGACCCCAAGAGCAUAUUAAGAAUAAGAACUCCUCCAGAAGUCAUUUAUAUUUAGAAGAAUAAAUAGAUUAACUUAUACUAGUAAUUGCGAUUAGAAUUAUUUACAUAGUAAUAUCUUACAUUAUUGUGUAUGGUAUCAAGUCUCUAUCUUUAAAUUAUUCAAAUAAAAAUGUAUAUAAUUUAUCUAUUUAAGUUAUUAUUAUUCUUUCUUUUACUUAUAUCAGGGACUUAUUUUAUUCAAGGAACUCAAUGUAAUUUAUAUCCAAAUUAUGGAUCUUUACAUUUUGAAGAUAUUGGAAAAAUUAAUAAAACAAAAAUCUAUUUGGAUAAUUUGAUAUUCUUUGGUUGUUUUUUUGUACAGGGAAUGUCAUCUGCCAGCAUAUUUUAUUUAUUGAUGGAAUAAGUUUAGUUUAUGUUGAAGAAAAAUUAAAGAUUAAUCUUUUAUAAUGAAUUCCUAUUAAUAAUUGUGGAAUUUAUUGUUGUUUCCUCUGUUUUACAUAUGAUAUUUAAAGAACAAUACAUUUUUAAUCUAAUUAUAAUGUGGAUUCCAUUUUCUUUAAUUACUUUGUUUGCUUAUUUCACUUUAUAAGAUUCACCAUUAUGCAUUUUAAAUCGUAUUUCACAUUUUGAAGAAAUCUCUAAAUAAAAUUAAUAAAAUCUAAAAAAAUAAUAAAUUGCCUUAAAUAAGAUUGAAAUCUUAUUAACAGAAUUUCAUUAAAAUAUGAAUUCCAUCUAUUCAGCAAAUUUUCCAAAUAGAAAUUAUUUUACUGAAGAAUAAAUUUCAUUAUUAAUUAAUAAAUUUUAAUUCAAAGUAAGUAAUAAAUAGGAAUCUAAAUGUACAAUUAAUUUCAUAAUGUUUGCAUUAAGUUUAUUAUAUUUUGGACAUUUGUUUAAGCUAUAUGCAUUUGUUAAUCAAUUGCAAUGGACUAUCGAGACAUUAGCUUUGAUAUUAUCCAUAUUUGAAUUAUUAGGAUAUUUUAUUGGUAAUUAUUGUAUCAGUGAAUUAUAUAAUGAACAUUUAUUGAGGAAGUUAUUGAUGACUUUUGGAUUGAUAAAUUUCUUAAGUUCUCUGCCUAGUUUUCAAUCCAUACAUAGCUAAUUUUAAAGUUAAGUAGAGUUCUUUUCCAUUUUAAUUGUUAGACUAUUGUUUUCCCUAGCAAUAAAGGCAUUUUUAAUGUAAUAAAUUAAUUAUAUUUAGAUAAUUCUCUAAUUAUAAAUUAAACUUCGGGUUUUUGAUUUUAGGACUAUUACUUGCUAACAUAAACUUGUUAUAGAUUCAACUAUUUUAAGUUGUAAUUGCAACUAUUCUUUUGUUAGCUUAUCAUUUAUCUAAGCGAUUUUGA